CGAGGCUCCGGGCCGGUCCCCGCCCGCGGUCGCCCGCUCGCCCCCCGGGGCUAUGAGGCCGUAGGGCCCGCGGGCUGCAGCAGCCUCCUGCCGCCAGCAUGUUCGGCCGCUCCCGCAGCUGGGUGGGCGGCGGGCACGGGAAGGCCGCCCGCAGCAUCCACUCCUUGGACCACCUCAAGUACAUGUAUCAUAUUUUGAGUAAAAAUACGAUCGUAACAGAUCACAACCGCAACCUGCUGGUGGAGACCAUUCGUUCCAUAACGGAGAUCCUGAUCUGGGGGGAUCAGAAUGACAGCUCAGUGUUUGACUUUUUCUUGGAGAAGAAUAUGUUUGAGUUCUUCCUGAACAUCCUGCGGCAGAAGUCAGGUCGUUAUGUGUGUGUGCAGCUGCUGCAGACUCUGAACAUCCUUUUUGAGAACAUCAGCCAUGAAACAUCCCUGUACUACCUGCUCUCUAAUAACCAUGUGAAUUCUAUUAUUGUCCACAAAUUUGACUUUUCUGAUGAGGAGAUCAUGGCAUAUUACAUAUCAUUUUUGAAAACUCUUUCCCUGAAACUCAAUAAUCAUACUGUACAUUUCUUUUAUAAUGAGCACACUAACGACUUUGCUUUGUACACUGAAGCUAUUAAAUUUUUUAACCACCCCGAAAGCAUGGUCAGGAUUGCUGUUAGGACUAUAACUUUAAAUGUCUACAAAGUGGACAACCAGCCUAUGCUGCAUUACAUUCGAGAUAAAACUGCAGUUCCUUAUUUCUCCAACCUCGUCUGGUUUAUUGGCAGCCACGUGAUAGAACUGGAUAACUGUGUGCAGACUGAUGAAGAGCACAGAAAUAGGGGCAAACUGAGUGACCUGGUAGCAGAACAUCUUGAUCAUUUGCAUUACCUUAAUGAUAUCCUUAUCAUUAACUGUGAAUUUUUAAAUGAUGUGCUGACAGACCACCUACUUAAUAGGCUCUUUCUUCCCCUCUACGUGUAUUCAUUAGUAAAUCAAGACAAGGGUGGAGAGCGUCCAAAAAUAAGUCUCCAGGUUUCUCUCUAUCUUCUUUCUCAAGUUUUUCUGAUUAUACAUUAUGCUCCUUUGGUGAACUCUUUGGCUGAGGUUAUACUCAAUGGGGACCUCUCAGUGUUUUCUUCUAAGAUUGAGCAAGAUAUACAGAAAAACUCAGCAAAGUCAAGUAUCAGAUGUUUCAUAAAACCCACAGAAUCACUUGAGAGGUCUCUUGAAAUUAACAAACAGAAAGGGAAGAAGAGGAUGCAGAAGAGACCCAACUAUAAAAAUGUUGGUGAAGAAGAUGAAGAGGAGAGAGGAUCUGAGGACAACCAAGAUGACCUUGAUAAAAGUAAAGGUACAGAAGCAAGUUCAAAGGGUGUAAGAACAAGCACUGAAAAUGAAGAAAUAGAGAUGGUAAUCAUGGAGAGGUGUAAGCUGUCAGAGCUGUCUAUCUCUGCUGUGACAGAACAGAAUACAACCGAUGAAGAAAAGAGUGCAGCUGCUUCUGGGAGUGAGAUGACAAACUGGAACAGGCCUUUUCUUGAUAUGGUCUAUAAUGCACUGGACUGUCCUGAAGACGAUUACUAUGCGCUCUUUGUGCUCUGUCUUUUAUAUGCAAUGUCCCACAACAAAGGACUUGACUCAGUCAAGCUGGAGAGAAUUCAACUUCCAGCUCAACAUGCUGAAGAGAGAAAUUCAUACAAUCAUGUCCUUGCAGAAGGGCUUAUCAGGAUAAUGAAUUAUGCUGCACAACCAGAUGGAAAAAUUCGUUUGGCAACUUUAGAACUUGGCUGCCUAUUGCUGAAGCAGCUUGUCUUUUCCAAAAAUGGCAGGAUCAUAAAAAGUGUUCACCUUGAUUGUCUUGAGGGUGCAAGGGAGGAGAGUGUUCAUCUCCUUCGUCGCUUCUAUAAGGGAGAAGAAAUCUUUCUGGAUAUGUUUGAAGAUGAAUACCGGAGUAUGACAAUGAAACCUAUGAAUGUAGAAUACUUGAUGAUGGAUGCCUCAAUCUUGCUACCCCCAACGGGGACACCUCUGACCGGGAUUGAUUUUGUGAAAAGGUUGCCUUGUGGAGAUGUGGAAAGAACACGAAGAGCAAUCAGAGUUUUCUUUAUGCUCCGUUCACUGUCACUGCACUUGCAAGGUGAGCUGGAAACUCAGUUACCACUCACGAGGGAGGGAGAUCUGAUAAAGGCAGAUGAUGUUCUGGAUUUGAAUAACAGUGAUCUGAUUGCUUGCACAGUCGUAACAAAGGACGGGGGUCAAGUUCAAAGAUUCCUGGCUGUUGAUAUUUAUCAGAUGAGUUUGGUUGAACCAGAUGUUGCCAGACUCGGAUGGGGAGUAGUUAAGUUUGCAGGCCUCCUGCAGGAUAUGCAGGUGACUGGAGUAGAGGAUGACAGCAGAGCCCUGAACAUAAUCAUUCACAAGCCUGCCUCCAGCCCUCACUCGAAGCCCUUCCCCAUCCUCCAGGCCACGUUUAUUUUUGCGGAUCACAUUCGCUGCAUCAUCGCCAAGCAGCGCCUGGCCAAAGGGCGGAUCCAGGCUCGGCGCACCAAAAUGCAGAGAAUAGCAGCUCUCCUGGAUCUUCCUGUUCAGCCUUCAACUGAAGUUAUGGGUUUUGGACACAGCUCUGGAGCUGCAGCCCAGCACCUCCCAUUUAGAUUCUAUGACCAGUCCCGGCGUGGGAGCAGUGACCCGACAGUGCAGCGCUCUGUCUUUGCAUCUGUUGACAAAGUCCCAGGCUUUGCUGUAGCCCAGUGCAUAAAUCAGCACAAUCCAUCCCCACUCUCGUCACCAUCCCCUUCCAGUGGCAGUGGCAGUACAGGGCGCUGUGAUUCAGUGACUGCAAGCUCGACAUCCACUCCUUCUGCUGCUCAGAGCCCAGCAGGUCUGGCAGGAAAGGACGCCGGCGGGUGUUUAGUCUGUCGGAGGCUGACAGUCACGGUGGACACUGGGUUUAGGCCUUCCAGCAGCAGCUGCAGCAGAAACUCCCGCAAUACCCACUCAGAUGAUGCUUCAGCUCCAGAGCAGCCUCUGACAGCCAGUUCCAGUCAGACGAUGUUGACUGAUGAAACUCUUUCAGCUGUUUCAAAGUCCAGCAGAAAUGCUGUAAAAGCCAGUGACAUAGAAACAGCCAACCUGUCUCCCAGCCUGAUUCCUGCACAGCAGCCCACGAUAUCCUUACUCACAGAUGACAACACGGACACGCUGAGCGUGGAGUCGCUCACACUGGUGCCACCAGUUGAUCCACAGAGCAUUCGAACAUUCAGCUGCAUCCCUCAGGCCUCUCUGCAGUCUGAAAUUGAGGUUGACAAGGUGAAAGAGGUAGAGGAAGAAUGUUCUGACUAAAGCCACCGUGCAGACUGUAAUAAACAGUGAAGGAAAUGCAACCAAAUUGUGAUUUUUUUCCUCUGGGAGUGCAGAUACUUCUGGAGGCCUGAGAGGCCUCAGGUCCACAUGAAGGGACCAAGUGGUGGCAGAGAAAGUCAGCAGUUUUUAGAGCCAACAUUGGAUACUCAGCAUAUCUGAACUGGAGAAGAGAGAAAACCCCAAACUUUUGAAUCUGGAUUGGUUCUUUCCUACCAGUUUCUCUUAUACAAGAACAUGGACAUAUUUCAGAGGACCUACUGUCUUUCUAAUAGGAACUAAUUAACUGUGAAAGGUCUACAGUAUUAUGGCCAAGUGAAGAGACUUUUGGAUACCCAGCUUCAUGGUAGUGCAUUAUUUCAUCUCUGAAACAGGAGAUAUGCCAUUGACCAGAAAAAUAUUGUAUAUUUAGGACAGAGUCAAAUUGCUACACAUCUGAGGAAUGGUGAUAUCUCUGCAACUGAAGGACAACUUCAAGAAGCAGACAGAAGCAGUUUUACUUUAAAGAGGUUUUCAAAUUUUUCAUACUCAUGUAGGAAGAAAGUCACCAUAUCUUACUGAUAAUUCCUUUGCAAGUCUGAUCUUGAAAGGUAUUGUGUAUUUUUUUUUUCCUGUCUGGGAUAGUAUCCUAGUUAAACAACAUUGCUACAUAAAAGUGUUAACAUUACUUCCUAGAUCCUGACACCAAGUUGACAGAAAAGGGAAAGAUGUUUCUUAAAGUUUGGAAUGUUCUUUGCUGAUUUGAUACAUAAUUUAACAUGAAAGGAAUUUAAGAUUUUUCGUCAGUUUCCAAGUAAGUUAAUUUAAAUUAAUAGUAAAAUGAGUAGCUUGUCAUUGCUGGUCUAUUCUUAACACUGAGUUGGCAAUUCCUCAAAGGAGGACUUUUACUUGGUCCUCCUUUUUGAGGACUGUUUACUUGGUAGUGAUUUCAGUCACACUGCAAUCUGUGUCCUCAUUCUGUCUCUGCUGGCAUUGAGUUCUUACUAAAUGGGUGAAUCUGCAAAGUUUUUACCCACUUCCCAGUUGCUUAUUGUACCUCUUCCUGGCUGUCAGGAAGGGAAUACUUGAAGUGAUUUUUCAGUGAUACCUGUAUGUGUGUGUAUAUAUAUAUAUACACAUGUGUAUAUAUAUAUGUGUGUGUGUAUAUAUAUAUAUAUAUAUAUGAGAUUGACUAAUUCACAGGUACCACUUUUCUCACUUCUUCUGUCUUCUCUUUCACAUAAUAGUUGAAUCUUUGCCAACUGGAUAUAUGAGGUGUCUGCUACUGAAUGCCAGGCAUUUUUUCCCCCUGUUAACUUUUCCAUGCAGUUUUGAUUUCUAAUUUUCUGUGAUUUCUACUUUAUCUCAAAUUGAAUUAACUGAUACUCUGACCAUUCCAGAGUGGCCCAAACUCUAAAUGAACUCAGAGUUGGGUGUCCUCAGCACUGCAGUGGAUUUUAUGUGAAAAUCUGGCAUUACUGGAAUAAGAGCCUACUUUUUGGGUUUUUUGGUCUCAUGCUGAAGAUGAAUUUGCAGUCAUGCAGUCACUGUUGCAGCUAAUAUGCAUGUACCUGAACAAGCCUAGACACAUCAGUAGCAAUCUGUGCACAAGAACCACAUGAAUUUUUAUUAGCUGAAGUGAUUGCAGUCUAGACUUUCUCUAAAAUGGUGCAGCAUUACACUGUAGUCUCAGUAAUAUUCUGAAGACCAUUAUAAAAAAUGCCUCACUUAAUUAGAAAGCAUUUUAUGUUAGUUAUUAACCUUAAAUUCUUGACCUGGAUUACACAAAAUACCACUGUGCAGGCUGAGUUCCCUUCAAUAGAAUUCAUUUUAGACUGGAAAACCUUAAUCUUAAUUUAUCUCAUUUCAAAUUCAGUUCUAGCAAGAUUAGACCCAUGCACAAGGAGUCUCUUCAAUGCAUAUGCAUAUGAAUAAUCUCACCCCUGAGCUUUACUGCACAAGAAAUGGGGCAAGGGAAAGGAAGGUGACUUUGUGCUUUUCAUUACCUUUGAGUGGCUUUUAAAUCUCUUGAUCACUUAUUUAGUGAGAGCUUCACAGGAAAUGACUUAGAUACUGUUAUUAGGAAAAUAGAAUAAUAGGUUGGCUGUUAAUUUGUGAUGACUUCAAGCAAUCCAGGAAUUCAGUAAUUGCCCUGGAACUGUGUCAUUUCACUAGUAGUAAAAUAAACCUUAUGCUUGAAGACGUAGGUAAGCUAUCAGACAAGCAGGUCAAACUGAGUGUGUAAGGAUGAAGCCACUUCCUAAGAGUAAACAUGUCACUGCUGUGUUGCUGUCACUCUGGGGUAAUCAGUCACUCCCCUGCAGGGGACAGGGAGACCUAGAGUAGCCUCAGGAGCAGUGGCACUGACCACCUGGGAGUAGCAGUCACAAAACCUCCACCAAGCUAAACAUUCUGCUCUUGUCUCCACUAACCAGCUGAAGUUAAACCUGCUUUUAAAAGAGCAUUGCCCAGGCAGGCAGCUGCUGACUGGGAAAAUAAAUGGUUUGUCUUCUGAAUCAGAGAUCUGCAGAGGCAUCAGCUGGGGGCAGGGAGAUUGGGGCCUUUUCCUUCCAAGGUAAUUAGUCUCCUUCUUUCAGACAGCCUAAUGUAGCCAUCUAAAUAUAUAUUGAAAAUUCUCUUCUUAACUGCUGCUGUCCUUCUUGAAAGAGUUUUUUGGUGUGUCCCUGAUUCACCACCACUGCCCUACCUUGGGAUAUCACUCACCUGGGCACUGCUCUUCUAUUAUCUAGCAAUCUUUAGAGAAGUUCUCCUGUGCUUGCCUGCUGUGUUUCUCUUGACCUUUCCCAACAUUUGCAGCAUGAAUUAGAAACAAAUAGAAUAACUCUUCCCAUCUCCUAUUGGAUUCUGAAAAGCAGAGGGUGAUCCAAGCAGGGCUUACUGGGGUGGGAUGUUUUUAAGGGUUGGGAGGGGAGUAGUUCUUGGGGGUUUUUCUGCUGCUCAGUACUUGAGCAGCAACAAAGACGUAUGAGAUGCAGUUCUUGACUGAGUCUCAAACAGAGGGUUCUUUCAUAUGGAAACAUAUUUUUAUAUUGCAUUUGUACAGAAUUUUCCCUAUUUUGAUCUCCCAGCAUUUUUAGAUUUGCACGUUGCUCAGAUUUAAUUUCUUUUGCAAGGUAUUAUAAAAUAUAUAUUUUGUGUUUGUUAAUGUAUUAUAAAUGUAAAGCUAAAUUUUGGCUGUCUAAUAAAUGUGCACUGUGGUGGUAUCUGGUUUAUUGUUUUGUUAACUUGAAUUUAUCGGUUCUUAAUAUGAAAAGGAAAAACUUGUAAUUGUUGGGGCUGUCUUGUUAGCAUAAUUAAACGUGUGGAGUGCAUUUAUUUUAAAAGUAACUAAAAAUGGCUUAAGCAGGUAAUAAUUAAGAAUACUUGAUAACAAAAGUUAAGGUCCAGACUAGUUCACAGGAUUCUUUUAAGAUCAUAAUGAUUAAUGAGAUUUUUGUCUUGUUUCCCAUUACUGUUGGUUAUGUAUACUCAUACUCAAGUGAGUUUAAGACACAUAGUAAUUGAAAUCUGAUAGCAUGUAUGAGAAGAUCUGAGGGUUAGUGUUUGGUUGUAUUUAAGGACUAACUGUGGCAGAAGUAUUUACAAUGAACAUGAAGAUAAUUUUUUUAAAGAUUGAGAAUAGAUUCAAGUGUGCAAAUUUAUAGACUAUUACAAUGUCUAGGAGCUUUGUUUUGCCCAGAGACAGCACUAACUAUACAUUUUCACAACUUCAGGAAACCCUCUUGGAAGCAUUACAAACUUUAGAAGAUAAUUUUAGGCAUCUCCACUUGUAAAUAGCUGUGUUGAUAUUUUUGUUGCAAACCUUUUCCUUCAUUUUUAGCUGCUUUGUAAGUUUGAUUGUUUUCAGUGCAAAGAGGUGGAAAUGUAUUUUUCUAGAAGAAUGAAUGUAUCUGGGAUUUAAGCACUACAAAAAAGCAUUUAAUGAACAUGGACUGUCUUCCUAUGAAAUAUAUUUCAGUAAAGUUGUCUGAAAUGUAGUUCAUUUGAGAAAAAAAGUCCUGAACAUGCACUUACAUUUACAUGGAAAAAAGCCCAAACAUGGUGUGAAUUAAAUUCUGAAAUGUCUUUCUACAGGCAAUAAGUAUUAAUUAUUUAAUGUAAGUUAUGUUAGACAUUUGGAAUAAAUGUGCUCUCUUAUGUUAAUUUAAAGAACAAUGUAACUAAGCAUCUGGGAAGGGAGUGGAAUUAGAAGAGAUUGGUAUAUGUUUCUGAAACCCAGACUUCUCAGUCUGUAUUUGCUGGCAUUGAGAAUUUGUUGUGGCUAUUGAAAACCUGGACAAGAACAAGGAAUAGACCUUUCUUUGUAAAUGGAACUUGGCAAUAAAAAUGGUGUUACUAAGAAAA